UGUUUGACGAACAAAAAAGGGUUUCUUUUCCAUAGCGUCAAAAAUUUUGUUGUUUUAAUAAAAAAGUAUUUCUAAAUCCCUACAAUUGGAAGUUUACGUUGUAUAUCAUGGAGGUCAAGGAAUGUAAUGAUUUAACCGAGGAAAACCAAUUUAUUGUGGACGAUGUGAGCAAAAUUAUCAAAGAAGCUAUCGAAAAUUCUAUCGGAGGUACAGCUUAUCAACAUAACAAAGUGAAUCAGUGGACUUCGGCUGUAGUGGAGUCUUGUCUGGGCCAACUAACAAAGUUACAAAAACCGUACAAGUACAUAGUAACAUGCACUAUAAUGCAAAAGAAUGGAGCAGGACUACAUACAGCAUCAUCAUGUUUCUGGGACAACAACACUGAUGGAUCAUGCACAGUGCGCUGGGAGAACAAAACUAUGUAUUGCAUUGUUUCUGUUUUUGGUCUGGGCAUUUAACACGAAAACAAAAUAUGACAAAUUCACUUUAAAUCUUGCUAUAAUAUGUAGCAUAGUGUGCUAUUACAAUACGGAUUUUACAUUUCAGUGAAAUUGUACUUGGUGGCUCUAGAUCUAAAUAUAUUCAUUAUUGAAACAUAAUCAACUAGCUUAUUACAGUAAAAUUGUUCCAUAUUCUAACUUAUAAGUAAGAUUUUAGAUUGUGUUACAAAACAUAAUAUCUACAGUCAAAGAUUUCAGCUUUUUAA